GCAAACGCGUUGUGGAUGUGACUUUUACAUGACUAUGGAUACCAUUUUCAAUGCUUUUGGCUUGGGCUUAUUGCUUCUUUCAGUAAAUCACACCAACUCAAGCCAUUCUGAUUGUUUGACUGGAUGCACCUGUACAAGCAAUCGCCAUGGAAGGUCUCUCUUAUGCAUGGAAACAGCUAUAUUAGGGAUACCUGAAGACAUCCCUGAAGAUUUCACAAAAAUCAGAAUUGAGAAGUCCCAUCUGACUGAAAUCUCCAAGUCAGCAUUCAGUCGUUAUAAAUCGCUGGAACAUCUCUGGCUAAACUUCAAUGGCAUCGCUAUCAUCCACAUAAAGAGUCUGGAAGGAUUAAGUAAUUUGACAGAGCUCAGGCUAGAAGGCAAUAAACUGCGGUCAGUACCAUGGACAGCAUUUGAAGACGUGCCCAGCCUCAAAAUUCUGGACUUGAAGCACAAUCGUCUUGAUGUUCUCCCUGAACAUGCACUGAAAUAUUUGCCACGUCUGACCUACUUAGACUUAUCCUUCAAUCAGCUUACAGUCACGUCGAAAGAGGUCUUCUUAAAAUGGCCUGUGUGUGAGACAGCAUUUAAAAGUGGGGAAACUGCUGUUCCUAAUGUGGUUCUAGCGCUCCAUGAUAACCCAUGGUUCUGUGACUGCCGUCUCAAAGGUUUUGUUGAGUUUGUCACAUCGCUUAGUCCGCCAAUCAUACUGAUGAAUUCCUACUUAACAUGCAGUGGUCCAGAGUACAUGGUGGGGAAAUUCUUCCAUGAAAUCGAGCUGAAGACAUGCACAAAACCAGUGGCAACCACCCCAUCCACCAACAUCACCAUGCCGCUGGGUGCAAACAUCACUCUUCCAUGCUUUGCUAUGGCCAGACCAGAACCAGCUGUCUGGUGGACAUAUGGCCUUAAGAUACUAAGAGGAUUUCAUGAGUUUCAGACCCGUGUGAAUGAAGACACAAUCAAGUCUGAGCUGGUCAUUCCAUCCCUUCACCUAGCUGAUCAUGGUGUCUACACCUGCACAGCUAACAACUUCAUCGGAAAUACGUCUGUCAGCAUUCUGGUGGAUGUUAAGUCUCCUGAUGGCUCACAUCCCCUUUCCCCAGCUUUUCCUGCUGCAGCCACUGAGGAGAAUAUUUACAUUGAUAUCCGUAUUGCUAAGCAGACUGUUUAUGGCAUCACUAUUGAGUGGUAUGCCGUGAUGGAGAAACCUUCUGAGACCUGGUUCACCAUCCACUUUGGUCGCUAUGAUACACUCAAAAAGGAGCUGAUCUACAUCGGCCCGGGAAUCAACACCUACUCAGUCACAGACCUGCUGCCAGCUACCAAGUAUGACAUCUGUGUGACUCUGAAGAACCAAGCUCCCCGAAAUGGUCAGUGCAUUGUGUUUGUGACGGGCAGUGACAUGAGUGAAAUGGAGCAGAGAGAGAAGCUCAUUCACAUUGUGGUCAUUGUUUUGGCCAUGGUUCUGGCCGUGCCAGCAGGAAUGUAUGCUUGCACCACUGACACCAAGUUCUACUGUUUUGAACGUGGCAUGGAGAUGUGGAGGAACUGCAGGCGGGCAAAGCAAACAGACAGACCAGAAGAGGGCCAGGGGACCUUCGAUAGCCUGCAGGCUGCCAGCGAUGAAGGCCUCUGCAAGGAUUCCAGCGAGGGCCGCAAGACCCGCAGAAGGUCUGAUGACAGGACACAGAAAACCAAAUUUGACCACAAACCCACAAUAUAGUGAGACCAGAAUUUAUAUAAAUCGACUUCAAUUUCCACUGCACUGUGUAUCUGAAAUGUUCAUCAUGCUGGGGUGACCCACAGAUGGAGCUGAAGACCAAACUGAUAUGCAACUCAUAUGCAAUAAUCAAAAAAUCAUUUGGUGAUAUAAUCAGAUCUGCUACAGGACAUUUUCUCGUUCACAUCAAAUGGUGCUUUGAGAACAAACUGUAAACUUCAAAAGAUGCAGCAUAUCAAGUUCUGCUCCCAGUCUGACAGGUUCUUGAGAUGCACUCUGAAAACUGGAUCUAGCUAAGAAUGUCAUUAUCAUUAAAAAAUAAAAAGAGGUCAUAGAGAGUUCCUAAAGAUGUCUGUAAAAUGUUGUUUAAAUUAAUGUGAUAAUCCUCAUUGAUACAGAAACUGGCUAAAAUUUUCUGCAGCCCACCAUAACUGUCUUUUAGAUUCUCCCUUAUUUUCUAUCAUUUUGCAUUUCCCAUGUGGUUUUAUUCAUGUAGGAAUUGUGAAAUAGCACCAAGAGAGGGACAGUAAGGUAUGUUCAAGCAAAACCAUCCUUUCCAAAUGUUCUUUACUAUUACUGAUGUGUGAGCUUACUACAACUACAAAUUGGCAGUUGAUCUUAGUAUACUGCUAAUAGCUGGAUAUGACUAGGUGGCAGCUUGUCUCUUUCUUUACUUUCAUUUAAUUUCAUUUGCUUUUUAUGUUUUGGAAUAAUGUAACAUGUUGACAAGAGAGACAGACAAAAAGUCAUGUGUAUUGAAAACAGUUAGGCUGACAUGGCAGGCAAAAACAAGUAGAGCUGUGAUACCCAUGAACAUAAAUUAAGAAAACUAAGAGAAACCAAAAGUGCUAUAUCCAGAGACAGAUUGAGGUCCUGUGGUGCCUCUGGGCAUUACAGCUAUAAGGCCCUCUACCCAAGAACCCACUGAUAAUAAUCUAAGAAAAGGCAGUCAUCCAAGGUCCAA